CUGGUUUUGAAAAGGGUUGCAAGCAAUUCAGCUCGUCUUCCUGCUUCCAUGAUCCAUUCAAGAACGAAGGCAAUCAAUCAAACACAACCAAUUGUAAUUCGCGAUUACAUCAAUCACUUCCAUUCUCAAACAUACCGCACUACUCGUCCUUCUAAACCCAAGACCAAACAUCGCCAUGAACAACGACCUCACAGACCCACCGUAAGGCCUCGCAAACCCAUUCCUUUCGUCACCAGCGUCAAGGAGGUACUAGACCCAGACGAUGCCUUAUCUCUCUUCCACGAGUAUCACCAAAUGGGCUUCAAGCACGACUAUCCCUCUUACUCUGCUCUCGUGUACAAGCUUGCUCGCUCUCGCAACUUUGAAGCUGUAGAGACCAUUCUUGGUCUUAUACAGGACCGAGAUAUUCGGUGCAGAGAGACCCUUUUCAUUGCUUUGAUUCAACAUUAUGGGAAAACCCAUUUGGUGGACAAAGCCAUUGAGCUUUUUCAUAGAAUGCCUUCGUUUAAUUGUGUCCGUACUUUGCAGUCUCUUAAUGCGCUCCUCAAUGCACUGGUCGAUAAUGACCGGUUUUCCGAUGCGAAUGAGAUUUUUGAUCGUUCUUCUAAGAUGGGUUUUCGUCCGAAUUCAGUCUCGUUUAAUGUAAUGAUCAAAGGGUGGCUGAGAAAGGAUGAGUGGGAACAAGCGUGCAAGCUGUUUGAUCAAAUGCUUGAGAGAAAUGAGCAACCCAGUGUGGUGACGUAUAAUAGUCUUAUUGGGUUUUUGUCCAGAAAGGGUUAUUUGGACAAAGCAAUGAGCUUGCUUGAGGAUAUGACGCAGAAAGGAAAAUAUCCGAAUUCAGUAACAUAUGCGUUAUUGAUGGAAGGUUUGUGCUCUGUAGGAAAGUAUACCGAAGCUAAAAAGAUGAUGUUUGAUAUGGAGUAUCGUGGGUGUAAACCGCGGCUUGUGAAUUAUGGUGUUUUGAUGAGUGAUCUUGGGAAGAAAGGGAAAAAGCUCGGUCCCAUUAAAACAUAG